AUGAGCAUGAACAGCUUACACGGUGAACUGCCGCAUGAAUUUGUUCAUUUGCGCCGGUUAAAAGUACUUGAUUUGGGCGUCAACAAUCUUAAGGGAGAAUUGCCUCUGUGGAUUGGUUCAUUUUCUCAACUUCGAUACUUCUCUCUUACGAACAAUAGUUUCACUGGUCUUAUCCCAUCCUCCAUCUCUAACAUGUCGAACUUAGCAACUUCACGUCUUUCAUACAACCCUCUUCAAGGAAACAUUCCCCCUGGAAUUUUCAACAUUUCCUCACUGAAAAGGAUUGCCCUUCUACGUAAUGGCCUAUCUGGAUCUCUUUCAAGUGAUAUGUGUUUCCAUCUUCCGCGACUAAGUUUCCUUCUUCUGUCACACAACAAGUUAAGUGGUCCAUUACCAUCAAUUACUUUAGCUCAAUGUUCAGAACUUCAGGCGCUGGGUUUGGCAUACAACGAAUUUAGAGGGCCUAUACCGAAAGAAAUUGGGGACCUGAAGAAGCUUAAGUGGCUAUAUUUGGAUUACAACUAUUUAGUAGGUAAGAUCCUAAUUAAUGCUUCUGAUUAUAAUUAG